UGUCGCUAGUGCCUCUGGUUCACCGGAGACCUCGAACGUCCCUGUUGCCUCCAAUAUCUCUGGCACCUCAGGUGUCCCUGGGUCUGGACACCUUAAGGACUUCAGAGUCGCUCCUGGGACAAAGGCGACCUACCAUCCGCUUCAGCCUCUGCCCCAACUCAUCUCGCCGCCCAUCACAGCGGUCCACUGGACCCUGCCUCUCUCUCUUCAGUGCUUUCAACGAGCUGGCAAAGCUGGGCGACCCGAAUCUGCUGGAGAUGGUGGAGGAGGAAGGCUUAAGAGCCAAAAGCUUGGACUAUUCUCUCCAAAGAAAUGAGAGCUUGAGCGCCAAGGAGACCAGCUUUCUCAUCAGCACAGAGUCAGAGGCACUGUUUCAAAAAAGGGAACAAAGCAAAGAUUCAGUCUUCUUCACAGAUGGAAUUAGACAGAUCGACUUUGUCCUUUCCUACGUGGAUGAUAUGAAGAAAGACUCAGAGCUAAAGGCAGAAAGAAGACGAGAGUUUGAACUAAAUCUCAGAAAAACAGGUCUUGAAUUGGAAAUCGAAGACAAACUGAACUCUGAAGACGGAAGGACCUAUUUUGUGAAGAUCCAUGCCCCAUGGGAGGUGCUAGUCACUUAUGCUGAAGUGCUAGGAAUCAAGAUGCCUAUUAAGUUGAGUGACAUCCCGAGGCCAAAGUACCCACCCCUAAGUUACAUGCUCGGGCCUGUGAAGCUCCCAGCCACUGUGAAAUAUCCUAAACCCGAGUAUUUCACUGCCCAGUUCAGCAGACACCGCCAGGAACUCUUCCUCAUUGAAGAUGAGGCCACUUUUUUUCCAUCCUCAGCGAGAAACAGAAUUGUUUACUAUAUUCUGUCACGAUGCCCUUUUGGAGAAGAAGAGGGGAAGAAAAAGAUUGGUAUUGAAAGACUGCUAAAUACGAAAACUUAUUCAUCUGCCUUCCCGCUCCAUGACGGCCAAUAUUGGAAGCCAUCAAAAACUUCUUACAUCAAUGAAAGGUACAUCCUUUGCAAGAACUGGGCUCGGUUUUCCUACUUUUACAAGGAGCAACCUUUUAAUUUGAUUCGGGAUUAUUAUGGAGAAAAAAUCGGUAUCUAUUUUGUGUUCCUCGGGUAUUACACAGAAAUGUUGUUGGUUGCAGCUGUGGUUGGCUUAGCCUGCUUCAUCUACGGCUUGUUAUCAAUGGAAACUAACCAAUCUAGCAUUGAAAUCUGCGACCCCAAAAUCGGAGGCCAGAUGAUCAUGUGCCCACUUUGUGAUGAAAUGUGUGAUUACUGGAGACUGAACACCACGUGUUUGCACUCAAAGUUCUCUCAUCUGUUUGAUAAUGAGUCAACCGUGUUCUUUGCAAUCUUCAUGGGGAUCUGGGUCACACUGUUUCUGGAGUUUUGGAAACAGCGACAAGCCAGGCUUGAGUACGAAUGGGAUCUGGUGGACUUUGAAGAAGAGCAUCAGCAGCUCCAGCUACGGCCCGAGUUCGAAGCUAUGUGUAAACAUAAGAAGAUGAAUUCUGUGACAAAGGAGAUGGAGCCACAUAUGCCUCUGUGCAAUCGCAUCCCAUGGUACUUUGUGUCGGGGACCACAGUGACCUUCUGGAUGGCUCUCCUCCUCAGCAGCAUGGUGUCCAUCAUCAUCUAUCGCCUGUCAGCCUUUGCCAGUUUCGCCAGCUUCAUGGAAAGUGAAGCCACCCUGCAGAGCGUGAAGAGCUUCUUCACCCCGCAGCUGGCCACCUCUCUCUCUGGAUCAUGCCUGAACUGCAUUGUCAUCUUGAUCUUGAAUUUUUUUUAUGAAAAGAUAUCUGCAUGGAUUACAAAAAUGGAAAUUCCUCGAACUUACCAGGAGUAUGAGACCAGCCUCACUCUGAAGAUGUUCCUUUUCCAGUUUGUGAAUUAUUACUCAGCUUGCUUCUAUGUGGCCUUCUUUAAAGGGAAGUUAGUGGGAUAUCCUGGGAAGUACACAUAUAUGUUUGGCAUAUGGAGAAGUGAAGAGUGUGAUCCUGCAGGGUGUCUGGUGGAACUGACAACCCAACUAACCAUCAUCAUGAUUGGGAAACAGAUCUUUGCAAACAUCCAGGAAGCCUGUCAACCCUUGAUUUUUAAUUGGUGGAGACGCCGAAGAGCCCGAACCCACUCUGAGAAACUGUACAGUCGUUGGGAGCAAGAUAAUGACCUUCAGGUUUUUGGGAGCCUUGGGCUGUUCUAUGAGUACUUGGAAACAGUUAUCCAGUUCGGCUUUGUCACACUCUUUGUGGCCUCUUUCCCCUUGGCACCCCUGUUUGCUCUCAUAAACAACAUUGUGGAGAUCCGAGUGGAUGCCUGGAAGCUCACAACUCAGUACAGGAGACCUGUCGCUGCAAAAGCUCACUCCAUAGGAAUCUGGCAAGACAUUCUUUCUGGAAUGGCCAUCCUUUCUGUCGCAACUAAUGCCUUCAUUGUCGCAUUCACAUCUGACAUCGUCCCCCGGCUAGUUUACUUCUACGCCUACUCCAAGAAUUCUACAGAGCCCUUUAACGGAUAUGUUGAUAACAGCCUGUCAGUGUUCCUGAUAGCUGACUUUCCAAAUUACACAGCACCCAUGGAGAAGAGGGACUUCAACACUUGCAGGUACAGAGAUUACAGGAACCCUCCCGAUCAUGAGGACAAAUAUGCCCCUAGCAUGCAGUUCUGGCAUGUCCUUGCUGCCAAAAUGACCUUCAUCAUAGUAAUGGAACAUGUCGUGUUUCUGUUCAAAUUUUUAUUGGCCUGGAUGAUACCGGAUGUUCCAAAAGAUGUUGCGGACAAAAUCAAACAAGAAAAGUUAAUGACUGUCAAGAUUAUUCAUGACUUUGAGCUCAAAAAGCUGAAAGAAGACUUGAAUUUUGAAUGUAAUGACUUCAGUACGGGUACUAAAGAAAAAGAAAGCAGACCCGUGAGCAGCAAAAUCUCAGUCUAACCCCACAUGAGUGGAGAAGCGGGGUACCCUUCUCUGUUCACUCUUGCCUCUGGGUUUUGGGCUGGAUGCUGGAAGCCAUGCAUCUACUUGUUUUUCUUUCCUUCUUUUAUUUUUAUUUCAGCGUAUUUAUGGACUUUAAUCAAGGCUGGCAGCGUGCUAUCGGAAGAAAACACAGGCAGGCAUAAUCCACUGGGCUUUCCCAGGGUCUGACUUUCUGGCGUUCUGUAAACAGUUGCAUGUGGGCCCAUGGAUUCAGAAUCAGGGGAAUCAUGGAGUGUUGCUGCUUAGAGUGAAACCCUGGCCUGGGGAGGAGCUGCUCUGUCACUUCCUGUGGCAACUGCACAUCUCUAUUGUCUUCUUUUGAGUGUCUUCUGUCUCCUUCCCAACAAGAAAAACAUUGUUUCAAAAAGAAAAUUAGCAAACAGCCCCACCAAGUCAUAAAACAUGCGCUGUUGCAAAAUGCACAAAAGAUAGCUGAAAUCAGAUAUCUGGGGAAGUCUCACCUAUUAACAGACACUGGGUAAAAAUCACAGCAGCAGUGUACCCUUGACAAUGUCAGGUGAGAGUUGGCUUAUGUCAGAAUCCUUUCCUGGUAAAGGUAAAAUUACUUUUUUCCAAGAGACAAAAUGAA